AGGAUUGUGCUAAUUAAGUUCUGACGUGGCAAUAUACCAUUUGCAGUUGCAUAACUGACUUUGGCUCCAAAGAAUCUGUAACUGUUUCUAUAUAACCAACUGAGCAAAGAGAAGAAAAACAUUACUCUACUCCCUCAUUUUCUUUUCUUUUCUUUUCUUUAUCUAAAGGAAAACUGAAAAUGUCACUGAUCAGAGAAGAAUCUGUCACUGAUCCAAGAGAAGAAUCUGCCACUGAUCAGAGAUUGAAUGUUGCUGAGAGAACACAGGUAGAACAAUGGCUAGCAGUGGAACCCAAAUCUUUGAAUGUUAGAGCCACAACUCACGCAUUUUACUGGAAACUCAGACGAGUAGUUGUACCAUUCAUCGCUCAAAGCGCCAGGGUUGAUCUCUUCGACGACAAUGUUCGAUAUCUGGCUAUGAACAUCUUGUUGGGGUGGGUCCCUCCACAUGGUGGGCCCACAAGUUUUGUGAGAGUUAUUAGCAUCAAGGCUAAUAGGCGAGCUAGAGAAACGUUUUCUCUAAAGGGUGAGGGGUGA